CUCUCUUCCUCAUCUCUCUCUCCCUCAUCUCUUUUCUAUAUAUUCAUUCCUCUCUUCUUCCUCAUCCUUUAUUAUUAUUCCUCCACACCCUAAACAAAACAACAAAAUUUGAGUUUUUAUUAUUCCUUAUUAGAUAUAAAAACAAAACAAAUACAUAAAGUGAAACAUUAUGAAGAAUUACUGUUCAAAAGGGUCCUCAAAAAUCAUCGUGUUUGUCCCAUAUCCAGCUCAAGGUCACGUAACUCCCAUGCUAAAGCUAGCGACGGCCUUUCUUAAACUCGACCAAGGGCUUCGCCCGGUGUUCGUCACGCCCCGAUUCAUCCACGACCAAAUCAUUUCUCGUCAGAGAUUCACAAACGACCACCAAACCAACAGCAUCGAAUUCGUUCCUAUACCCGAUGGCAUCGACGAAUCCGUGCCCAGAGAUUUCUUCUCCCUUGAAGCGGCCAUGGAGAAAGUGAUGCCUGCCCACUUGGAGAGGCUUGUUCGUGACCAAGGUGGGGGUGUAGUGGUGUGUAUGAUGGUCGACUUGUUAGCUUCUUGGGCUAUUGAAGUGGCCAACCGUUGUGGUGUUAGGGUCGCCGGAUUUUGGCCUGCCAUGCUCGCUACUUACCGGUUGAUCGUUGCUAUACCGGACAUGGUCCGCUCUGGCCUUAUCUCUGAUACAGGAAGCCCACAACAUCUGGGCCCAGUUCGCUCUCUUCCGAAUCAACCCAUGUUAUCGACCGAAGAGCUGCCAUGGCUAAUCGGGACUGUAGCUGCAAGAAAGGCAAGGUUCAAGUUCUGGACCAGAACUCUAGCUCGAUCAAGAACUCUCAAAUUGGUGCUCGCCAAUUCCAUUCCAGACGAAGAACCCCUCAACGACGAGAAACCCAAUCAAGAGCUUCCUGUGGUUCUCCCAAUUGGUCCUUUGUGCAAAAAUUCAACGACGAAAAACCCAAGUUUCUGGGAAGAAGAUAAUAGCUGCCUCGAUUGGCUAGACAAACAGAAGCCCAAUUCGGUAAUUUACAUCUCUUUCGGGAGUUGGGUGAGUCCCAUUGGGGAAUCAAAGGUGAGGACCUUGGCUAUGGCGUUGGAGUCGUUGGGGCAUUUCUUCAUAUGGGUUCUGGGAAAUUCGUGGACAGCAGGGUUACCAGUUGGGUUCGAGGAGAGAAUAUCGAAUAGGGGUAAAAUCGUCUCUUGGGCUCCUCAAAUGGAGGUUUUGAAGCACAGAGCGGUGGGUUUUUAUCUGACGCACUGCGGUUGGAACUCGACAAUGGAGGCCAUACAGUCCCAGAAGCGGUUGCUCUGUUACCCAAUCGCCGGGGACCAAUUCGUGAACUGUAAUUACAUUGUGAAAGUUUGGAGAAUCGGGGUGAGGAUUAAUGGGGUUGGGCUGAAAGACGUGGAGGAAGGGUUGAGGAAGAUAGUGGAGGAUAAGGAGAUGGGAAUGAGGUUGAAGAAGAUGUAUGAGAGGACCAUGGGAGAUGAGGCUUGUAACAGAGCCACAUCUAAUCUCAGAUCGAUUGGGGAUUUUCUCGGGAAACAAACGCUACUUGGGUCUUCGUUUGUUAAUGAAACUAGUUUCUAAAUUUUAGCUGUUUUUUUUCCUCUCCAAAAAGUGUAUUCUCCAAGAAAUAUUCCCUCCAAAAGGUUUGAAGCAUUCAAAGCUUCAUUGUACACUGGCCCAUGGCGUUUUGGUGAUAUUCCACAAUUAUUCUUGAAAACUCUGGUGCAAAGCUUGAACGAAGUUCAAGCUAAGUCUCAAGGGGAGCUUGAGUAGUAGUUGGAAGGAGUCCAGAAAGAACACAAUACCAGUGGGAGGCUGGUUGCUUGAAGAUCUUCACAAAAAUAUGGAGUUAUUUGUUGUUUGUAAAACAAAUUAAAAGGGAGUUUUAAAUUGAUUUACUGUUUUGUAACUUGUAUCAACUCUGAGUAUUUUUAGUGAAUUUGCUUCACCUC